ACUACAUAAAUGUUGCAUUUCGUGGUGAUGCAGCAGUCCGUGAGAGAGGAGAAGAAGGAUGAGGGAGAAGUGGGCGCAGCAAUUACGAGUGCGUGGUUGGUGUGUUCGGUUCGGCAUGAAGCGAGACGACUUUGCCAAAGGAGGAAUAAGGAAGCAGAGCGAACUUUUAAUCAAUAGAUAUAUAAACACACGCACACACAUGCACCCAUCUACUCACGAAGUCACACACAGGGCGAGGGAGCAAGCGAAAGAGAGAGAAAGAGCGAAUUCAGAGAGCGAAUAGGACAAACAAAGGCAACAAUAAUGGGAGCAGCAACAACAACAGUUAUACUUUUAAAACAGCAAGGCAGUGCGCGCAUAGGGAGCAUACAGAGAGAGAGAGAGUGAGAGAGUUUCCAGGCCAGGCCAGAGAGCGAGCACGCCUGUUACCGUUACUGUUGUUCUUGUUGCUGGAUGGAGAAUAGGAUGGGGGAUGGCAUGGCUGCUGCGGCAGGCUGGCAGGAAGAGGAAGACAAGUGAACAAAAUUGCUAUUGCGCUGCCCAGGCCGCAGCAGCAUUAAUAAGAAGGAAGGAAUAAAGGCGGAGACGCCAAACAACAGCUUUUUUAGGGUGUGCAAAAUAAAAGUGUAAAACGCGGUAAAGCAAGUCCAACAUGCAAUAAAAUAAUGUUUAACUAAAGUGCAUGAAUGUGGGCGUACAUGAGGCAACGGCAACCUACUUAUUGAGUAAUUAAGGCCAUGCCCACACAUGGGCAUGCGUACGCCCACACAUACUGCAUGUUAGGAUGUGUGUGUAUGCAGGAACCGUUUGGUUCAUUGAGGUGCCCGCUGAUGUGUGUGUGGUGUGUGAAAGGGAGACAGCGAGUGAAAAGUGUAAAUUUGUAGAUCGGUGAAGGCAAGUUCUGUUUAUUAAAGGUGAGGCAUUACCAGGAAACCCCAUUGGGAUAAAUUUGUAGCUGUAAAAAAUAAUAAAUACAACUCUGGAUAGGGUGUCAGUUAGAGAAUUGCAGAGGCAAACGGGAAAUUCGCAAGAUUUACGGUAAAACUAACAGAAGCAGCUGGAGCUGCCCCUCUCCCCGUUUCUCUCUUUUUUUUUGCAUAUUAAAUCUCCUCGUACUUACACACAUUUUCCAACGCUCUGCUUUGCUCUACACCCAAUUUACCCCACCCCCGAAACGACACACACAGUGCACAACAAUUUGGAUUUGGUGUCAAGAGGUUAGGAAACGCCGCAGCCCCGUGAGCACGUAGAGCGUGUCAGAAGUGACGUCCAAACCCACCAACAACAAAAGGAACGGGGGGGAAAGCAGACACAAGAGGGAGGACACACACUCAUCUCACACUCGCAUACACACACGCUCAAGAGGAGUGCGAGAAAUCAAAGGAGUGCGAGAGCAAAACCGUUAGGGGCUGCCCAAGAGAAGAGCGAGAGUCGUGCAGGAUGGGCGACUAUCACGAGUUUACGGAUCAAUACAAGGUCCCGGUGAUAGCCAAGCUGCUCCAUGCCCUGCCCCACUACAACAUCACAUUCCACAAGAUCAACAGCACGUUCCGGCCCAACGAUGAGAUCUACCUAGAGAGUCUGGGCAUCCUGGGAUCGGUGCCAGCGGCGCUACUUAUCGUCUCGCUGCUGGGACUACUCUUCUAUCUGAUGACCAGAUGCUGCGACCGGAAACCCCGCCCGGCCCAUUCGAUAACCAGCCUGAAGGUGGCCCUCUCGAUUGUGACUGUGAUGUGCUGUGCCGCCAUCGGCCUGGGCCUUUACGGAAACGACGAUCUGCACAAUGGAUUGCUCGAGGUGCUGACCGCCGGACGGAAGGUGGACAAUCUUGUGACGACCAUCAGGAAUCAGACGCACAUACUGGAGAACACGCUGACGAAUCGCAUCAGGCCGCAGCUGGUGGAGCUGGCGGAUAUUUUCGAUCAACCGGUGUCCAAUCAGACGGCUCUAUCCAAGCUCUUUGUUUCGCUGAACAUUGUCCAGGGCAAUGUGACCUUGGCCACGAAUGCAGCCAGCGAUAUACGACGACCCCUGAUGGGCAUCUCCAUGACACACUUUCUGACACGCGGCGACCAGUGGGAACUGAUACGCUGGCCGGGCACAGUGGCUACCCUAGCCCUACUCCUUGUCCUUUGUGCUGUUCUGCUAGUGGGCGUGGCCAGGCACUCGCGAUGCGCCCUGAUACUCUUUAGCGUGUGCGGUCUGCUGGCCGUAACUGGCUCCUGGCUGAUGUCCGGCCUGUAUCUCUCCUCCUCGGUGGCUGUGGGCGAUCUGUGCAUAAGCCCAGCGGAUUUCCUGGUAUCCACGGCCCCCCGGGACCUGCCCACGAACGUGCUGCUGCACUACACCCAAUGCGAGCCGGGGCACACGAACCCGUUCACCCAGCGGCUGCGAGAGUCGCAGAACUCGCUGAACAAUGCCCGCAGUGCCAUGGCCACCGUGAUGAAGAUAUCCCUGGUGCUGUUCAAGUCCUCGGGCCUGCAGCCGAAGCUGGGAGCGGUGAAUGCAGAUCUCAAUAGCAGCGAACGGCUUCUGACCCAGCUGACGGCUCUGGUCGAUUGCAAGGCAGUGCAUCAUAACUUUCUGGCAGCCGCCCGGGGACUCUGCGAGGGAGGAUUGCUGGGACUGGUGCUGAUGCUGAUUGCCAGCUUCAUUGCGGCCAUACUGCUGACGAUUAUGGUGUGGGUGGACUCGCACACGUGGAUCUACAUACGCAAGCGGAACGACUAUGCCCAGGUGGAUGAGCCGUCAUAUAUAUCGCAUCCGGCACCGCAGAACCAUCAGCAGAUGAUGAACGCUGCCCGGACUUUGCCGCGCAAUCAUAAUGGGCACUUCAGCCCGCCGGUUAUCAGCGGCUCGCACACACUCCAGCAUCCCAGCAAGCGGCAGCAGCACGAGAUGAUGGCCCACGCACACAUCCAGCAGAACAUGCGGGCCAUGGGUACCCACACGCUGGGACGACUUCCGUCGCAUAAUCACAGCCCCACGCACAUGACUGGUCCCAAUAAUGCAGCAGCAGCCGCAGCCGCUUCCGCACUCGCCGCCAAUAUGCCGCCCACAACACAGGCCCAGGUCCAGGCCGCACAGGCGCAUGCCCAGCAGCAGGCCCAGCAACAGCACCAGCAGCAGCAACAGCAGCAGCAACAGCAACAAAUGGGAGGACCCCAACCCAUUUACUGCCAUCAUCCACACCAGCACCCACACCCGCAUCCGCACCAGCAUCAGCAUCCGCACUCGCAUUCGGCUGCCGCCGUGGCCGCUGCGGUCCAGCAUCAGCACGCCAUUUACCACCAGCAGCAGGCCCAAGCCCAGGCACAGGCCCAGCAAUAUGGCACCUAUACGACGGCGGCGGCGGCGGCGGCAGCGGCGGCCCAUCAUGCCCCGCAUCACCUGCCGCCGGGUCAGAGCCAGAUCUAUCAGCAGAUUCCGGCCCAUCUGGCCCCUCAGCUGGCCGCCAAUGGGAAUCCGCAUUCGAUCUACCAGCCGCUGGUGGCCGUCAGCCAGGGCUCAAUUUAUGUUUCCAAUCUGGCCACGAUGCGGCGGCAGAAUAGCCAGGCUGGACCACAGAUACCGGCCCAUCAUCAUCCGGGGGCAGUACCGCCACCCAAUCCCCACCAGCAGCAGCAACAUGCCCAGCCCCCGCCGCCGUCGCAGCAGCAGCAACAGCUGCACCAGCUCAAGUCGCCUCAACAGCACCAGCCACAUCCCCAACAGCAGCAGCAGCAGCAUCAGCAUCCGCACCCGCACCCGCAGCAGCCCGAGUCGGAUGUAGUACCCAUUAGCACUGCAAUGGACACGGCCAUCUACGAUCGGGAUAAGCAGAUCUACAAGUGCUCCACCCUGCGGCAGGGCGGAAAGUUUGAUCCCAAGUACAAGCCCUCGAUUCUGAAUUGUCCCUUGCCGGAGAUACCCAAAGAUGCGGAGCAGCCCAAGGUGGAGUCCAUCUACCAGCAAAAGCAGCAGGCGCAUCAUCAAAACUAUUCCAAGACCCUGCAGCGACCGCCGAUGAAGCUGCCGCCGCAGAUGAAAGCCAUUCCACCGCCCCGCAUUGGAACGCCCACAUCGCCACCACCGCCAUCUGCACAGCCCACGCAAAUGCUGAGCGAAAGCGGAGGAGCCGCCGUCGUGGGCCUCCAAAACGGUGGCCCCAACAACAACAGCGAGGACACAUCACUGCCACCGCCGCCGCUUGAGGCACAGACGGCACAUCAUGUGGAAGCGACUCCCCCCAAGGCCCGGAUGGGACAGGCGGCCAAUGGAAAGGCGGGCAACGGUCUGGCCCUACACAACGGCGGAGGAAGCGUCGCCACAGCGGCUGGAGUGGGCUCCACAGUGGAUGAUGAUGAUGAUCUACCGCCGCCGCCGCCAGCGAUAACCGACGAGAGCAACUAUGCGGUGACCGAGCUGUAAAAAGGAAUAGCAAUGGGAAUGGGAAUGGGAAUGGGAAUGUAAUUGAA